AUGAGCAGCAGCAGCACGUUACAAGCACCAACGCUCCAGAUCAGUUGUUUUUUCAAAAAUUUCCCUUCCGAGCUUACUUUACAUAUUAUAUCCUUUCUGCAGCCAGUGGAUUUGAUUUUUAGUAUGGGAAAUGUUUGUCGUUAUUGGCGUGAUGAAAUUGUUGUCCGAAUUUUAUGGAAGAACGAUACGAUGAAUGCAGAGGAUGAUGAAAUGAAAUUUUCAAAGGAAUAUCCACAAUGGAGGUUUUAUCAGAACAUACCCAAGCUUUUACUUCCUGAUCACAACCUUUCUUUGAAAUUUACAGAUCUAUUUGAAACCGAUCAAGGGAAACAUCUUUUGAAAUAUUAUAUCCGACAAUUCGUAUUGUCCUAUGUAGAAGAUUGUUUGAAAAUGGAAACUCGUAAUAACGACACCCGAACAGUCUCUUCACUCAUGAAUACCAAUUGGUUACAUGAAGAAAUGAAACGACUGAAAUACAUCAUGUCUUUUUGGUAUGACAAUAGAACUUAUGGACACUUGAUACCUGCGUCGUCUUUGAAAAGUAAUCACAACAAGCACACCAUUUCGAGCAGUAGCUCUAGUACGAGUAACGAGAGCCAUGGAUUGUUCUCACAAGUAUUCACUUAUUUAGGAUCACUUUUUUCAAAACCAAAUACUCGAGAUAACAAUGCGAGCGAACAAGUUUCAUCCAUUCGUUUACUAAAAAAUCAUGUCAGACCAAAAUAUUUGAAAGAUCAUCCAAACAGGUAUGGAUGUAAGAUCAUACUGGAGGGCAUUUGUGGUGUGGGAAAAACUAGUCUUCUUAAUUGCAUGAUGAAUGAUUUAACCUUGAAUAAUUUAACGAAUUAUACUGUUGGAGUGGAUUUUUCACAAAAGAUUUGUUCUUUUGGAGAGUGUGGUUCCAUUAAUUUAAUGUUGUGGGAUCAAGCAGGACCUGAAAGAUUUUAUACUCUUUCACCAAUCUAUUAUCGAGGAUCAGCCAUAACUUUUAUGCUAUUUGAUAUUACAGAUAGAGAAAGUUUUAAUUUCGUUAAAAAACAACGUCAAUUUGCAAAAGAAAAUGUUGGAACCAUGGAGAAAAUUUUAAUUGGAACUAAAUCCGAUUUAUCGAAAAUGAGGCAAAUCUCUCGUGAGGAAGCAGAGAAAUAUGCAUUCAACGAGAUGGAUGGCUCUCUAUAUUUUGAAAUUACAAAUACUGAGCUCAGAGACUCGCGUGUGAUCAUGUGGUACAGUGUUUUAAUUCAUUUCGUCCUAUUGUUUACAAGGGAAGAAGAACUCCAAAGCAUUGAGUAG